AUUUUUUUGAGUCUUAAAACGCGAUUUUGACCUCUUGUGAAAUAAUUAUUUCCGUAAAAAAAAGAUUAUAAAAUCCUAUGAAUCAAAUGCGAUUUUCAUUGAAUUCUGGGGAAUCUCGGGGAAAUGGCAACAAACGAACCAAACAUGAUUCAGACGAUGACGACAUCACCGAGAUAGUUAGAAUAGAUGACAGCGAUUCAGAUUCGGAAAACGAAAAUAUUUCGCGAAAAAUAAAGCAAAAGCAAGUUGAUAGCAUUGUCAUUCCAGAUGACGCGACUCCAUCGACAUCACGUCAAGCGAUGCAGUCCGGGAGCGUCUCAUCAAAAAGCGAAGCUGCCUCAAGUAGCACUGACAAAAUGCUGUCAUUAGUAACUGAAUUUAUUAUCGAAGAUUUGCACACAACGUCAAUCGUAAAAGAUUCGGGAUUCAAAAAGUUAAUUUCAACAUUAAAACCGGACGCUGUACUGCCAUCACAAGACGAUAUACUAAACCAUAUUCUGCUGCUUUAUGGAAUCGAAAGAUCAAAUUUGCUUGUUCAGUUGCAUUCAAUCGAAAACAUAUCAAUUGCAAUCGAACGUUGGACAUCAUUCACAGAGAAUACAUAUGCCACCGUCAAGGCGAAUUUCAUAAAUGAUGACUUUGAACCACAAUCCUACGUUUUGGCAACAGUACAAUUGGGAAAUACAAAUUCAUUCGGAUUAUUGAACGACAAAGUUAUCGAAGUGCUGAAGCAUUGGGAAAUUGAAAAGAAAGUGGUGUCAACGGUUUACGAUUGGUAUCGACCGCCAGUCGAUUUCUUGUCACCGUGUCAAUAUCAAGAAUUAGGUAAAAAAAUGUGUUGCUUCGCAUUAAAAUUACAAACAGCCAUCGAUAAUAGCCUCAACAGCAUUCCCGAAAUUAAAGCAAUCAUUGAGAAGUGUAACCAAUUGGUUUCUUACUUUCUGCACAACAAUGUAGCCGAGAUUUAUUUGAAUAAAUAUCAAAACUACUUGGAUCUGUCAUGUGAUCAGUUAGUUCAAGCGUGGUCGGACGAGAUAAAUUCGACUUAUUUAAUGUUGGAUCGACUGUUAAGUCAAAAAUUAGCAAUCGAUUCGGUGCUACGAGACACUGAUGCCACUGACGCCACACAGGCUGCUGAGCUACAAUUGAAUGAAAAUGAAUGGUUGAUUAUUAAAGAAAUGGUUGCUACACUCAAACCAUUUCAAUUGGCUAAACUUGUAUUGUAUCGCGUAAAAGAGCACAUUGACUCAGUUUCCGUGGUUAAACCAAUGAUUUAUUCGUUUUGCACGAAUUUUUUGUCGCCCAAUAAUGAAAUAAAUCCCGUACCACUUUUAAAGCAACGAAUCAAAGAAGAUCUUUUAACGAAAUUUCAAUUGUACGUUGGAGAAAAUGAAAUGACCGCACCAGACUACUUUGAUAUUGCAACGUACUUGGAUCCAAGAUAUAAAAAACAAGAAUAUAUGAGCGAUGAAAAUCGAGAAACCGUCAAACAAUACAUACAUGAUGUGUAUUUUGCAAAAAAUGAAACUACAAGCAGCGGAAAACCAUCGAAAUGGGCCAUUUCAUCGAAAGCACUGAGCAUUUUAUUUCCAUCUGCACCAAAUGAAAGCGAAAGUGAGUGCUUGCGAUAUCACAACGAACCGGAAAUUGACAAAAAUUUAUCGCCGCAUAAAUGGUGGAAAUUACAUGAAAGCAAAUAUCCAAUUUUAACUACAGUGGCUAAACGCUAUCUAUGCACGCAUUCUACAUCAAAAUCUAUUUUUACAUCACGCAAUGCAUCGCUUAGACGCAAGAAUCUUUCACCACAAAUCGUUGAUAAACUUAUCUUUCUUAAUCAUAAAUUAAAAUUUGAUAUUAUUUAAAUUUAAAACACGGUUGAUACUGAUGAACAACUUUUGAUUGAAAUCUA